AUGAAGGUUUUUUUAUUAUUUAUUUUAUUGAUAAUAUUUAUAUUAAAAGUAGUUAUAAAUGAGCAUGUGACUAUUCGUUAUCAUGAAUAUAAAUAUACAACAUUUAAGUAUCCUCCUUGGAUUUCAAAGAAUAUCAAAUUACACGAAUUAGAAGAUUUAAAGAUAAAUGAAACAAAAUUUGAAAAUAUUCAUUUUAAAAACCAUAAAGUUAUUUAUAUUGAAUGGGAAGAGAUACAAAAACCAUUAUUCUAUCCAAAUCGUACUUAUGGUUUAAUGAUAUUUAAUGAAGAUUUAAAUGACUUUCAUGGUUUUUUUUUUCAUAAAAAUUUAAGAAGUUUCCAUUUUGUAGAUUUUAAAAUUCAUGGUCUAUUUUUAAAUGUUCAUAAAUGUAAUAUUGGCUACUUAUUUUUUGAUAAAGAAAUUAACUAUGAAAAAAUAAAUCACAAUAAAAAUAUUUAUACUGUUGAAUAUGCUGUUUUAAUUAUUAUUAAAUCAUUAAGUAACAUAAUUGUUUUAAAUGAAAUAAAUUAUCAUGAAACAAAUAUAAAAAUUAGUUUAUGUCCUUAUAUUAAUUGGAUAACUAAUAAUGGACCAACCAAAUAUAUACCAGAUGACUAUAUAAUAAAUGAUGGGUUUAAAGAUCCAUUUAGUGAAGAUGCAUACAUAAUUACUCCAGUUUUUAAAAAAAAUCCAAAAUUAAGUUUUUUCUCUUGUGGAAAACUUAAACAACCAACAUUAAAUUAUAUAUCAGUUGGAUAUAAUCUAAUUGAUGAUGAAAAUGAAAGAAAAUAUGUUAAGGAAAUUGAUCCUUUACAUGAUGAUAUAAUAUGCAAUAAUGGAAACGAUAAAAAUAACUAUUUGAUUUAUAGUUUUUCAAAAACUAGUACAAAUGAUAUGAUUAAAAAUAGAAUGGAAAGAAUUAUAAUUUCUUCUAGUAAAAUUUAUAAGUUAUAUGCUGGUCAAACUAUUUUUUUAUAUAAAAAAUUUGGAUUUGAAGAAUAUGAUCCUGAAUGGGAAUAUAAAGAUAUUAAAUGUGUUUUAAAAUUGAAAAAUAAUAUUAAUGCCACAAUUUUACCUACAUUAGGAUCAAUAAAUUUAGUUAAAUAUAAUCCAUAUAAUGAAAUUUUUUAUCAAUUUAUUCAAAAAGAAGAUUUUGAAAUGAUAAAAGAAUUUAAAUGUUUAUCAAAAGUUGAAGGAGAAUAUAAAAAUAAUCUUGAUGAAUUUUAUUCUAAAGCUGUUGAAUUUACUGUAAUAAAGAUUGAUAAUCAAGAAAAUAUUUUAAAAAAUACAUCAAAUGAAAUAAUUUUUUACAAAUAUAAAAUGGAUAAUUUUGGGUCAUAUAUUUGUAAGGAUUCUAGAAGUAAAGAGCUUUAUGAUAAAAAAAUUUUAACAUUUAAGAAAGUUUAUUUUAUACCAGGAAAUGAUACUGAAAUAAAUUUGAUUGAAGGUAUAGUACAAAAAAAUAGAGAUUCAUAUGCUGGAUGUCAACAAUCAUAUGAAUCAUUUUCUAAUAUAACAGAAAUUAAGGUAAAUUUUAUAGAAAAUAAUAAAAACUUUACAAUUAUUGGCAAUAUUCUUAAUUUACCAUAUAGUAUAGAAAUUGAAGAUAAUCAAGUAAUUUUUAAAGAUUAUGAUAACAUAAGUGAUGUAAAAAUUGAAUGUACAUAUAAAACAAUUUUAAACACAACUUUUGUUACAAAACAAAAUUUUAAACUUUCUAAAAGAGAAUAUUCAAAAAUUAUGUCAAAUGUUAUUGGAGAUUCUACUUUUAGAAAUUUUGUUAUUAGUUCAUCAAAUCCAUUAUCAUGGAUGUUAACAUUUAUUGUUAUUGUUACUUUUUUCUUUAUUGUAUUUGUUAUUACUCUACUUAGAAUGAAUAAAAAAAGAAAAAAAAUAGAAGAAAAAAAAGAUAUUAACAAGUCUAGUAAUUAUUCUAUGGAUUCAUUUACAUCAUCUUCUAGUUCAACAAAUGGUACAUUUGUAUCUCAGCUAUUUCGUUUUAAUAAUAGAAAAUUUUUAAGAAAAAAAAAAGGAACUAUGAAUAAUGAAAAAAAUAUUACUCAAUUACCCACUUUAUCUACUACUAUAAAAAGUGAAUCAUUAUCAAGUGUAUCGUCAAGUGUUAAAGAAAAUAAAAAAAAGAAAUACUUUACUAAUGAUGAUACAUUUAAAAUUAUAACUAAUUAA